CCAUGGAGUGUAUCUCGGUGGUAGAGGGCUUGCUCUGGUAUACAGAAGGUUCUGGGUUCACUUGCCCAGGGCUGGCAAAAGGAGUCACUGUUCUCCCCUGUGCAGAGUUAUAGGCAAUUUGCAAGCCCCCAUGGGUAGUGGUAGUGCUUGGGGUGUUAUCCUAGAGGGGUGGCAGGAGGUCAGAGACACUGAUCCCACCUCCAAAUUGAUACCUUCCAUGUUCCCUGCAGGCAAAACCUCCACAGAAGCACCAGUGACCAGCUCUGCGCCCAUUUCCUUCGGGACCAAAGGCUUCAAGACGCCCCCUGCCAGCGGUUCAUCUCCUCCCUUUCUUUGUAAAAACAGCAAGGAACAUUUAAUCUUGGCCUUUUUUGCUGGGGUUCUGCUGACAUUGCUACUUGUGGCCUGUAUCUUCAUCAUCAUCAAGAGCUGUAGAAAAUGUAACUCCAGGGCCCACACCCAGGACCCUCACUCAGAACCUCCCACCAAGCUUUCAUCUAUAUCAAAGGAAUCACUUACCUAUGCCAGCAUGACUUUCAAGUCCUCGAACGAAAGCAGCAGUGACUUGACUAAAAACCAUCCCACAGCCUUGGAUCCCACUGUCUAUUCUCAGAUUAAAGUGGCAGACCCAUAACUG